AUGUAUAUUACUGUAUAUUGUGAAAAUCAGAUAUACAACAUGGUUUUAGUAAUCUUGAUUACUGUGUUCUGUUUUGAUCUGACACAAAGUCAUGCUCGCCUUCGGAUACCUGCACAAAGAUCCAGUUUAUGGAGAGAUCAGCUGUCGAAACUUGUGAACCCGAAUGAUAAUGAGAUAAACUGUGGAGGAUUCUAUACCCACCAUUAUAUUAACAAAGGGAAGUGUGGAGUUUGUGGUGAUGCUUAUAAUGCCAAGAUCCCAGAUCAUCAACCACCGGGAAAAUAUGCCCAGGGUAUCAUUAGUGGCUGUUAUGCACCAGGAACUAAAUGGAUAGACAUAAAAGUUGAGAUCACCGCCAAUCACUUGGGCUAUUUCCAAUUUAAACUAUGUCCCAAUAAUGAUAUAGGCUGUGCUGUUGAGCAGAGCUGUCUGGAUACCCAUAUUUUGAUGAUAAAAGAUCUAAACGGUGUCGAGCAUGGAGAGAAAUACACCAUCAAGGGGAAUAUGAAAGAUGUCUACCUAAAGUUGAGACUACCAGAAGGCUUGUCGUGUUCCCAAUGUGUCUUACAAUGGACGUAUACAACAGGAAACAAUUGGGGAUGCUUAAAUAAGUGGUGUGGCUUAGGCUAUGGUGCGCAAGAAACCUUUAUAAAUUGUGCAGACAUUGCAGUUAGUAACGAUUGUCCUACAUAUCAUACAGCCAAGCCUAUUAGUACAGAACUAACUGAUGAGGACGAUAAGACAUACUCUCGAAACUGCGUUCCAGUUGGAAUUUGGGCUGUGACAUACUACGAUGUCAUCAAGCGAUGGUGUCAAGUGAACUGCGUUGGUACUGCAUGCCCUCCCGAUUACUGCAACUGUUCGUAA